CGUAAAAAGGUAAACUUCCGGAAACAACAGACAUGUGCCAUUGACCUAAUUUUUGAAGGGCUGUUAAAACGUAGAAAUUAUAGCCUCAGUAAACUAAAACCCAACAAAAAAUGGCAACAUACUGGAAGUCACAACCAAAGAAAUACUGCAAAUUUUGUAACUGUUGGAUAACAGAUAAUAAACCUAGUGUUGAUUUUCAUGAAAGAGGCAAAAAUCAUCAGGAAAAUGUCAAAAGAAAGAUUAAUGAGGUUAAAAAGAAAAGUACUGAACAAGCUAAAGAGAGGGAAGAAUUGGAAGAUGACAUGAAAAAGAUGGAAAAGGCAGCCAUGGAAGCGUUCAAGAAAGAUUUGAAGGAUAAUCCUGAACUUGCUGCAAAAUAUGGUGUAAAAAUUAGAACUGAUGCUGAAAAGCUAGCUGACAAAGAAGCAAAACGUAAAGAGAGAGAGGCAAAAUUGAAAAAGCAGGAAGAAGAAAGAGAGGCAGUAUUAAAAGCAGAGGAGGAAUUGAUGACAAAACUAGCCACAUGCAAAUGGUUUGAAGCUAAAUCACCUGAAGGUUACUCAUAUUACUGGAAUGUAGAAACUAAUGAAACAAUUUGGGUAGCACCGGAGGAAUUUGUCAGUUUAGCAGAAGUAAGAGCCCAGGAAGAGAAAGCAAAAGAAGAAGCAGAAAAACAAAAAGCUUUUGAAGAGCAAAAUCUAGAAGAAGAUGAAAGUGAGCCUGGAGUUUCAGUGGGACCAAUGCCUAGAGUACCCCAGUCAGCUUAUGGUAGAUGGCAAACAAUUGCUCACCAGGAAGAAGAGGAAGAGUCUGCGUCAGAAUUCUAUGGACUUCCAACAGAAGCUCCUCCCCCACCAAUACCAACAGAAGCCCCGCCCCCACCACUACCGACAGAACCAGAGAUUAUUCCACUACCUCCGUCAGAACCUCUGCCAAUAGAACACAUACCAUUACCACCUCCACCAGAGGAAAUACAACCUCCACCAGAGGAGAUACAACUCCCUCCACCAGAGGAGGUAAAACUUCCUCCACCUCAGGAGGAAAAGAAAACACAGGAAAAACGAUCUAAAUUUAAGGAGAAAACUGUGACAUCUCUUGGUAAAGACACUAAUGUGACAUUUAAGAAAAGAAAAUUAACCUCUGGAGCAAGAAAUGUACGACGGAGGGAUGAUGAUUGAUUGUAUUUGAAAUCUAUUAGGAUAUUUAAUAUGACUGAGCUACCCAUUAUCAGGAACAUUUCUUGAUAUAAGGAAUUAUUAUUUGAAAUAUCAAAACAAAAGUUGAAUAGUAUAGCACCAUCUUAUCAUUGUGAUGCAGAGAAGGCAAAUUAAAAUUGCCACUUGGGGAGGUGUGAAACAUGUUGUACAGGUUAAAAUGUCUGCAGGUUUCUAUAAUUACUUCUAUGCAUGGUUAUUAUUAAUUGCUAUAUUUGGGUACCAUAAAUGUAACCAGUGGCGGAUCCAGAACUUUUCAUAAGGGGGUCCACUGACUGCCUGCUCCAGUCAUGCUUUAGUGAUUCCCUAUAUAAUCAACAAUUUUUUCCCACGAAAAGGGGGGGGCAGGGCCCCCUGGAUCGGCCAAUGGUAACAUAUAUUGUAAACAUUGUUUUGGAAUAUUUAUUAUGGCACUGUGUUUGCUGAUUUUAAAAGUGUGUAAUCAAAACCAUACAUUUUAAUACACAAUGAUAUGAUAUUAAUUAAAUCUGUAUUAAUCUGAGUUAUCAAGGCUAAUUGAAUGACAAGACCUUGAGAGAGUUCCACAUUUCAUAUUGGGUAAUUUGAUAUAUAGGGAAGUUAAUAGGGUGUUAUCAGGUAACUACCACAACUUUCGAAGUUACACAUUAAUAAAGGGAAUUAGAUAGUUUUUCAAUAAAUAAGAAAACAAGUAUACCUAAAGAACUCAACAGUACUCUUUCAGUACAAUAGAACUGUUCAGAUAAAGGAAUUGUUUGUCUCAUAUUUGAUGUUGAUAUUGGAGAUUUGUAUAAAAGUAUGAAUGUGAUAUGUCAUAAUAUAUUUUGUCAUUUGAUAAAUUAAAUGCUACUGUAAAACAUA